AUGACAUAUGGUCAAGCAGAUAGCAUGCUUAUGUUUUUUCAAGAUAAAAUUGUCGAGAACCCGUCUUUCCAAUAUGCAUUGCAAAUGGACUGUGAAGAACAAAUAGCAAAUAUAUUCUGGGCUGAUGCUAAAAUGAUCACUGACUAUGCAUAUUUUGGUGAUGUUGUUAGUUUUGACACUACAUUUGGAACAAACAAAGAGAGCAGGCCUUUUGGUGUGUUUGUUGGAUUCAAUAAUUUUAGAGAAACAGUAGUUUUUGGUGCGGCUCUUAUGUACGAUGAAACAUUUGAGUCAUUCAAGUGGCUCUUUGAGACCUUUCUAAAAGCACAUAAUGGCCGGCAACCUAAAACAAUGUAUACAGAUCAAGAUUUUGCAAUGGGAAAAGCAGUUGGAGAAGUAUUUCCAGAAGCAUGGCAUGGACUGUGCACCUUUCACAUUAUGCAAAAUGCUGCCAAACAUCUAACUCAAGAGAAGAAUGAAGAAUCAAGUAUUCUCUCAUAUUUUAGCGCAUGCAUGUAUGAGUACGAGGAUGAGGCAAAAUUUGAAGAGGAAUUUGACAUGAUGAGGAAAAAGGUGAGCAAGCAAACUUGGUUGCAUAGUAUAUACAAGUUAAAAGAAAAAUGGGCUGAAUGUUAUAUGAAGGAUGUUUUCACACUAGGAAUGAGAAGUACACAAUUGAGUGAGAGUUUGAACAAUGACCUGAAAAUUCAUUUCAAAUCUGAUUUUGAUAUCAUUCGGUUUCUUAAGCAUUUUGAAAGGGUGGUGCAAGGGAAAAGAAAUAAUGAACUGAAUUCGGAAUUUGAUUCAAGGAAAAAAUUACCUAGAAUCAAAAUGAGGACACCUAUGCUGUUGCAAGCUAGCAAGCUUUACACACCUGUUAUAUUCGAAGCUUUUCAAGGUGAAUAUGAAAGAUCGAUGGCAGCAUGCACCAAGGCAUUGGAUGGAAAUAAUGAAUAUCUUGUAGCAAUUGCGAGUCUUGAGGGAGAUUUGACCUUUGAGGAGGAGUACAAAGUUAUUGGUGAUCCUUUGGAGCAAACAGUUGUAUGCAGCUGCAGGCAAUUCAACAGAAUUGGGAUAUUGUGUGCCCAUGCUCUGAAAGUUCUUGAUUUGAUCAACAUCAAGUCACUGCCGACUCAAUAUAUAUUAAAGAGAUGGACACGAGAAGCGCGGAGUGGAACAAUACAAGACAACCAAGGAAGAAACAUAAUUGAGAAUCCAAGGUUGGAUGUUAUGCUUCGCUAUAAAUUUCUAUCCCACAAAUUUCUCAAUUUGGCACAUCGAGCCGCCAGCUAUCCAGAAUGCAGCUUGUUAGUAAACAAUACACUUGACAUGCUUAGCAAGCAAGUUGAAGAACAAAUCAAUGCAUGUACUAGUACUGCUGAUCCAUGUACAGUCACAGAUGUUAUGCCCCUAAAUGACUUGUUGAGUAAUGCACGCCUAAAGAAAAAGGAGGUCCGCAUAAGAGUUUCAAAGCGAAAAAGAACUUGGCUUGAUAAGAAGCGCAAGACUAGGAAAAAAGGACAAAGUAAACAAGGAAAAAGUUCAAUGGAACAAGAGGCUGGGGAAGAAGCACUCCAUGUUGGUACAGCAGCACAAGUGGCAAAUGAUAGUGCUUCUAAGGUCAAGGAGGAUUCUGGAGAAUACACGGUCCUUAAUAACUUUACUCAACUUUUGAUGGGACCAGUCAAUGAUGAUCUUUUUACUGGAGAAUUAUUUUAG